UUAUGGGAUAGUAGAGGAGCACCAGGAACGGAAAACAGAAAUCUUUUAACGAGUACAGAAGUUCCCCAGUAAUAUCAGAGUCAGAUUAUGAAGGGCUAUCCAUGUACAAACAACACUCUAAAAUAGUAGUCUACUCAUCUUAGUUACCAUAAAAUCCAAAUACACAUAUACAAUAUUUCAAGAGACCACAUUCACAUAACUUUUAUUAUUAACAUUGUCAUAAUUGAAUUUAUUAUUAGCUGUUAAUCUCCUCUUUAUAAACUAAUGUAUAGGAAAAAAAUAAUCAGGUAGAUUGAUAUUCCAGUAGUGUCUGUGGUUGCAGGAAGGUACCAGGGUACUGGAACACAUCCCCAGUGGUAAGGGGACUUUUUUAGUGUCUCUGUUCACUAUGACAGUUUUAGAGGCACAGUGGUAGAUCUAAUCUGUAGGGCCUGGGUCCAUAAUAUAUUAAAUGUCUAGAAAGACGAGACCUUGAGACUGGGGAGUGGCAAUGAUGAAGGUGUAGCCUUGACAUGGUGGCUAAAGUCCAGGAUGACGAGCUUCUUUUUUUGUUUUGCCUUGUUUCUCUGUGUAACCCUGGCUGUCCUGGAACUCACUCUGUGGACCAGGCUGGCCUCAAACUCAAGAGAUCGGCCUGCCUCUCCCUCUUGAGUGCUGGGAUUAAAGGUGUGAGCCAUGGCCCCAGCAAUGACAAGGUUCUUAACUAAAGAAAGGAGGAACUUCCAUCUGAGCUAGCCAGAAGGGAAAUGGUUUGAAGAGGAGUUCAAAACAUAUCUUCUAGAUAUUGAGGGGGAGAAAAACCACCACUACACUAUGAGAAGUCCAUCCCCAAUGGUAACAUUGUUAUCUCUACUAUGUGUGAAAAAAAAAUCUCUUCUGUCAUAAAACCUUAAGAAGAUAACAACAUCCUUCAAGAUCUGUUUUCAAAAUCACAUGGGUGGGGACCAUCCUUAGAUUGAAGAAUCAGCUUCUCAAUGGAAUUUAUCAGAGAGGGGGACCGUGCUACUCAUCUAAUUGCCCUGCAUCAAAUGCUGACCGUGCAUCUCAAAACAUUAGCCCACAUGAAAUCAUACCUUGUUGUCACCUUUUCAUUAAGCUCUUACCACCCUUACUACUCAGACUUCCACUAAUAAUCUGUGCUCAGUCUUUUGCCCUAUUUUGAAUUUGAUGUUGUUCAUAUAGGAAGUCAUCCAUGUGAAUGGAUAAAGACUGAGAAUUAUAGACAGCCCAAUUAAAUAAACAGCAAUUCUAGUGCUAAAACAAACCCUGGAUAAUGUUGCUAUUUAAUUAAAGACUAAAUUGCAAAAAUUGAUAAUAUGACUACAUGAUACUAAUAACUGAUUACAUACCUGUAAUUCCUGUCCUCAGGAGAAUGAUCCAGGAGGGUUGUUAAAGAGUUCCAGGCCAGUCUAGGCUACAUAUCCAGUGUGUCUAAAAAAAUAUGAAAAGUGGCAUGGACAUCCAUCUGACAAAGAUGCAACAUAUGUCAAUCAUCUUUACUGAAGAGUAGUUAUUUUUCCUUUAAAGGCAUCUGAGCCUGUAAUGAUGAAAGCUGACACCCUUCUGUCAAGAGCUGUCUAUAGUAACUCUUCUAUUUUGUGCCUGUUAUGUCAGUGUCAGGUGUAUGAAGAGAGGUUGAUUUUUGCCCAGAGCUCAGUGUCUGGAAAGACAAUAGGAAGGACAAAGGAUGUAUAUUCCUUGUCAUCCAUAGUGACCUCAUGUCAGCACUUGGGGGCCUUGCCAAUGCAGAUCCUGAGGUCACAGAGUCUUUCUGUAUGCCCCUUGUCAUCCAUGCUUCAUGGGGCACCUGCAGAUGCUGCUGUCCCUGUAAAUGCCCUUAUGUCAGAAAGCAUGAACCUAGCCUGUGAGUCACCUAAGAACAGAAGGUCCUGAGGGUCCAAAGUUAUUCAGAGAGCAUGAUGUACCUAUGGUUGCCAUGGCGCCUUGUGUCUGUUGGCAUGGAUCUGGUUCAUGUGGAACCCAAGGACAGAGGUUCCUGAGUGCUUUUGUGAGGUUUUGCUGGUGCACCAAGCCCAGCCAUCAGUCAAGUCUUGGGAGUUUCCCCUCCAACAGUGUCCACAGUCUUCAGAAAGUAAAUCAUUAUUCAUAAUAUCAGGGCCCUGAGAGCAUGGCCACCUUGGAGACAUCAGCCCCUGUCCAGAGGAUGUACCUGAGGACAGAUUUGAUCAAGGAGCACACCUUUGUUCAUGAGCCAGAUCAAAGAAUGCCAAGGAGCUCCUUGGAUCCCAGAGGCACAUGAGAAGCCAAAUCUUUGUCUCUCGGUGUUCAGACAGCCUGUUCAAUUGCCCAGCUCCAAGAUGUGUCAAAGAGAUGGUGCUAAAGAAGCUGAGCCAGUGCAACAAAGGAAAAGAGAAGUGGGGUGGACUGCUUUGGUUUGAGGUCACAGACUACAAAAGGAGCAAACAGAAUCUAAAUUCCACGCCGUCUGCUUUCAAGCUGGUCACUAGAAAUAGAGUAGCCUUGUCUUUUAUUCCCAGACGUGAUCAUCUGAGCAGAAGCCUGAGGAGGAGACCUAGCAGGGAACUUCUCACCAGCCUGUUGGUCACCCAGGCUGCUUCUGGACUGCUCUGAAGUCCUCUCUGCCCUAGGGGGCCUCAGGUCUUCCUGCUCAGCCUAAGUGGAGCUAUGGCCUUCCCUAUCUGUCCAAGAGGAUCUAUACCUUCCUCAUUUAUACUAGGGGGGCCUAAGAUAUUCUGCCUCUACUCAAUGGAUCCUUGCCUUACUCCUAAGGGGAACUGGUGCCUUAUAUAUACUGUAUACAUCACAGAGAAUUAAAUUUGAACAAAAACAUAAUAUUUAAUUACAGUUGCAAUUUAUAGCUGAACAUUUAUACAAUAUAGGUAUCAAUUAAAUAUGAAUUAAAUUAAUAAUAAGGUUCAGAAUUAUUUUUGAAGUAUAGGUAUUUUAAGAAUCCUAAUGUAGCAGUUGGAGAGAUGGCUCAGCAGUUAAGAAUAUUUGCUGUUCUUCCAGAGUACUGGAUUCAGUUACCAGCACCCAUGUCAGCUCACAACCAUCUGUAACAUCUGUCUGAUCUGGCCUUCAUGAGUGUGAGGCACACAUAUGUUGCACAGAUAUACAUGCAGGCAAGGCACUCUUACACAUAAAAACCAAUGGCAAUAUAAUACAUCAAUUAUUUGUUUUAAUACUAUUGAUCAUUCCACUGUAUGCAGUACAUAAACAGAAACAUGAAGUAGUUUUUCUGGCAUAAUGAAAGAGGCUAGAAACCCUGUUGUGGGUCCUGUAAAUAUUUUCUGCACAGUGCUGUUUCCACCUGAAACCUCUCUGCAUAAAGUUCAAGUAGGAAAUUUGCUGCAUUUCCCAUCAUAGUCAGAGAAUAGAGGUGUGAUCCAAGCCAUGUACCUUGUCCUGUAGAGCUUGUUGUGUAAAGGGUUGUGUGUAGAGAGAGCAAGUAACCACUGUUAAUACACCUUGUGAAACUUUGGAGUGAUAGAUAUCAAGAGCUCUUAAGAGGGACAAGGCCUGGGUGGAGUGGGACUUGUAAAAGGGUGCUGGCCUACCAGGUGCAGGUGGGAUUUAAAGAGGAGAGCUGGAGUAAUACAUUUUUAAAAAUUUUGAGACAAGAUCACUCCGUAGCCCUAUCAGCCGAGGAACUCAUUAUGUAGACCAGGCUGGCUUUGAACUCACAGAAAUCUGCCUGCCUCUGUCUCUCAAGUCCUGGGAUUAAAGGCAUGGGCCACUAACCUGGCUAGAGUAAAACUCUAAACAUGAAGUUUUAACUUGGAAAAUUCCCAGCCCUCUGGUAUUCACCCUUGUCCUGUUUCACCAUCCAUAAACACAGAUGUCAGUUGCCCUGAGGUGGUAACACACCCCUUUAAUAUCACUACCCUGGAGGCAGAGGCAGGUGGAUCUCUGUGGGUUAGAGGUCAGCCUGGUCUACAUAGUCAGACCCUGACUCAAAAACAUAAAAGCAAGACCCCUGAAUUUGCUGCUGGUAAGUCAUUUAGUUUUAUUUGGUGUGUGAGGGUGAAUUGUUUGCUUAUUUGUGUGUGUGUGUGUGUGUGUGUGUGUGUGUGUGUGUGUGUGUGUGUGUGUGUGUGUUUUGAGAUGGGAUCUCACUGUGUAGCUUUGGUUGGCAUGGAACGCAUUAUGUAGAUUAUGGUGGACUUGAACUCAUAAAGAUGGCCUGCCUCUGCCUCCAAAGUGCUGGAAUUACAGAUGUCUUUAAUUUGAAAGGAAGGUCCCUGUGGGUUUGCUUCCAUGGGACAGGACCACAGGGAAGGUAGGAUGUGGAGACUGUUUCUGUUUAGGAGUAGAUGUAUUCAGAGGGACGAGUCUUAGUGGAUGAACAUGAGUAUGUUGCCUCUCAGGCAUCACAUGAAGAUGUCAUAGUCAGAAACAGGAACUGUCUGAUUAAUGGGACAUAUCUCUCCAGGGAGACCAGUUAAGGGAAAAUGGCAGGUUGCGGGCUGUAGGUUCUGGGGAGGUAAGGUACAGGGAAGGCCUGGUGGAUGGGGAAAUUGCUGACCCUUGCCCACCUCUGGCGCUCCUUCCCCCAUCCCUCCGUCUGAAGAUCCAGCAUUAGCCUCGUGAGACCUCGUGGCUUUUGAGGAGGGCGCACCUCCCCCACGGAGCCAGGCGCCUUUGUAGCCUAAGGGGCUGGGGUGGGGGAGAGGCACAGGCACAUGAUGUCCAACCUCCCUCGCCAGCCCAGCACCUGACCGGGAAAAGCCUUGGGUUCCUCAGAACGGAGACCGGUCCCUGAGCAAGACAAAUGGCCUCCCCACGCCUGGGAAUCUUCUGCUGCCCUACGAGGGACGCAGCCACACAGCUGGUGCUGAGCUUCCAACCGCAGGUGUUCCACGCGCUGUGCCUGGGCAGCGGGGCUCUCCGCCUGGUGCUUGGCCUCCUGCAGCUCCUGCCAGGGCGCAGAUCUGUUGGUCACAGGGCACCUGCGACAACCCCACCGGCCUCAGUCCACAUUCUCCGCGCUGCCACCGCCUGUGACUUUCUUGGCUGCCUAGGAAUCGUUACCAGGUCCACGGUGUGGGUAGCCUACCCAGAUUUCAUUGAAAACAUCUCCAAUGUGAAUGGAACAGACAUUUGGCCUGCUGCUUUCUGUGUAGGGAGUGCGAUGUGGAUCCAGCUGUUGUAUGGUGCCUGCCUCUGGUGGCUCUUCUGCUAUGCAGUUGAUGUGUACUUGGUGAUCAGGAGAUCUGCAGGACUGAGCACCAUCCUGCUAUACCACAUCAUGGCCUGGGGCCUGGCUGUGCUGCUCUGUGUGGAGGGGGCAGUCAUGCUUUACUACCCUUCUGUGUCCAGGUGUGAGAGGGGCCUGGACCAUGCUAUCCCUCAUUAUGUCACCACGUACUUGCCACUACUGCUUGUCCUUGUGGCCAACCCUAUCCUGUUUCACAAGACAGUGACUGCAGUGGCCUCUUUACUGAAAGGAAGAAAAGGUGUUUACACAGAGAACGAGAGACUGAUGGGAGCCGUGAUCAAGACCCGGUUUUUCAAAAUAAUGCUGGUGUUAAUUGCGUGUUGGUUGUCCAAUAUCAUCAAUGAAAGUCUUUUGUUCUACCUUGAAAUGCAACCAGAUAUCCGUGGGGGCUCUCUGAAACGCAUCCAGAAUGCAGCCAGGACCACAUGGUUUAUUAUGGGAAUACUGAAUCCAGCCCAAGGACUUCUCUUGUCUCUAGCCUUCUAUGGCUGGACAGGGUGCAACCUGGAUGUCCACCCUCCCAAGAUGGUGAUUCAGUGGGAAGCAAUGACUGCCUCAGCUGCCGAGGGCACAUACCAGUCCCCUGUGGGCUCCUGCGUGCCCCAUGAAAACCCCAGGAAGGUGGUGUGUGUUGGAGGGCACACUUCUGAUGAGGUGCUGAGCAUUCUGUCUGAAGGUUCUGAUGCCAGCACUGUUGAAAUCCAUACUGCAACUGGGACCUGCAACAUAAAGGAAGUUGACUCCAUUUCCCAAGCUCAGGGGGACCUCUGAGGGCAUGGGGUAGGGGUCAGACACCCCUACUUUUCAGGCUCUGUGUCUCAUCGUUUUGGAUUGUAUUCCUGCCUUCCUUCCUUUCACAGUGCUGCCACAAUGUAGCAUCCUCCAAAUCCUAUUCUGGUCACCACAAUGGAGUUCCCUGAAGACGCGCUUUACGCUAGGACAAGCAACACACCAGAACUUGGAAAUGAAAAUUCCUUCCAGAACAUUCAGUGUCACCUCUUGACUCUUAAUAACCAUUUGGACUUUUUCUGAAGCCAGCUGUAAUGCUAAGUGUGAGA